AUGUUCGGCCGUCUACUUCGGCCGUCUUUCAAAGGCCCUAAGCUGGUCACGAGCCUGCAAGCACGAGCGCUGGCCACUAUUGCAGAGAACACUCCGCGACAGCAGGAUCUGCCAUUGCGCAAGGCCUUGAAGCACACUCCUGUUCCUAAAGAACGAGCUACCUUCACCCUCCGCAAUGGGCCGAUCUUCCAUGGCACAUCCUUCGGUGCUCGAAGCAACAUCUCUGGCGAAGCAGUCUUCACCACUUCCCUUGUCGGAUAUCCGGAAUCUCUUACAGAUCCCUCGUACCGAGGCCAGAUUCUGGUUUUCACGCAGCCAUUAAUUGGAAACUAUGGCGUGCCUGCUGGUGUGAAAGAUGACUUCGGUCUAUACAAAUACUUCGAGAGCCCCAACAUUCAAGCCUGCGGUGUCGUCGUGGCAGAUGUCGCCGAGAGGUAUUCCCACUGGACUGCAGUCGAGAGCUUGGGCGAAUGGUGCGCAAGGGAAGGUGUUCCGGCAAUCAGUGGCGUGGAUACACGAGCCAUUGUCACGUACCUCCGAGAGCAAGGCUCCACUCUUGCUCGGCUGACUGUCGGCGAGGAAUACGAUCAGGACGAAGAUGAAGCAUAUGUCGACCCGGAGCAGAUCAACCUCGUUCGGAAAGUCAGUACGAAGGCCCCAUUCCACGUUAGUGCACCUUCUCCCAUCGCACAUGUUGCAGUCCUGGAUUGUGGAGUCAAAGAGAACAUCUUGCGAAGCCUUGUGAGCCGCGGGGCCAGCGCCACUGUAUUCCCUUUCGACUAUCCUAUCCACAAGGUCGCUCACCAUUUCGAUGGUGUUUUCAUUUCGAAUGGCCCAGGUGAUCCCACUCAUUGCCAGGAUGCCGUCUAUCAUCUGCGAAAGCUCAUGGAAAAUCACCAAUUGCCUAUCUUCGGCAUCUGCCUCGGACAUCAGCUGCUGGCCCUAGCUGCUGGCGCAAAGACCGUCAAGCUGAAGUAUGGCAACCGAGCACAUAACAUCCCCGCACUCGACCUCACGACUGGGAGAUGCCAUAUCACUAGCCAGAAUCACGGCUACGCUGUUGACGCUGCAACGCUGCCUUCGGACUGGGCGCCUUAUUUCAUUAAUCUGAACGACAAUUCCAAUGAGGGCCUGAUCCAUAAGACUCGUCCAAUCUUUUCUACGCAGUUCCACCCCGAAGCCAAAGGUGGACCCUUGGACUCUUCUUAUCUGUUCGACAUGUAUCUGGAGAACAUUCAGAAGUACAAGGAAGGUCAGCUUACCGGCCAGCCGCAGCGUGACAGCAUCCCUUCCCCUCUGCUUGUCGACCUUCUGGCCAAAGAGCGGGUUGGCGUGGAUCCUACGCAAGGCAUUCAGAAUAUGAUGGCUCUCAAUGCUACUCAACAACAGCCCCAGCAAUUCUACGCGGCGGGUGCAGCUUAA